AUGGCUUUCGCCAGCUCGCAACGGCAUCUCACCAACGGCCUACCCUCUCAUUCGUUCGGAAAUCAAGAAAAACACCAUAGGCACUCGGCGCCAUGGACAAAACCCGUGUCAUUAGCCAUACCUGGUGUGCACACUCGUCGCCUCCGUAUCUUGGUCCCUAACACCGGCAAAUUAUCCCAUCUCGGCGCAGGUCGUCUGGGAAGACGGCGGGGUCCGCUUCUGAUGUGUUUUAUCGCCCUGUCGAUAUUCGGCGUAUACUUCAUUGUCUCGCGUCGGUACGAGGGGCGCGAGUGGAUGGAACAGUGGCCCUCGCAGAGCGGCGAUCCCUCGACGUUAGUUUUUCAGCGGCAGGACCUGCAGAGAAUAUGGAAAUGGGAGAUAGCCAGCGGCCACUACCCUAGCCGUGCAAGCAUCCCGAAGCACAUUGGGCUCAAGGAGCCGCCUCACAACCCAGCCAUUCCCCCUAAACUUCGCGUCGUUCCACCGUCACGCUACCGGCCACCAACGACGGCCGUGGCCGCGGACACCGACAUUGAUACGCUGGGUACCGGGCCCAAGCGAGUGUACUUGGACAUUCAAAGCAAACCGCCGGACGUUGCUUACCCCCCGCGACCAGUACCUGGCAGUAUUGCCGACAUGGAUGUAGUAAUGAAGCACUGCGAUUUCUCAACGGGCAAGUAUGUACGUGACUGUUUAGAAGUGCUCCGCUUAGGAGGUGGAUUAGAUAAUGGAAGGCGGGUUAGACGAGGUAAAAUGGACGACUGGAAGUAUAUUUUCCUUGAGCAAGAAGGCCCUGUUGCGCAGCUGGCGGAGGAUCUCGACCAGCAGCCGAUCCCUAUAGCUCGUCCAGCGAGUCCUAACGUCCAGCGCGAACGCGAUCCGAACGCGGGGUUGAACAAGAAACCUAACACCGAAUGGGAGUCCUCCAUCGCCCUCCAGGCUGUGGUCCCCAGCGCAUCACCAGCCGCCAAAAACGACGCCUGCGAUCCCAACAACCCGCGGGUGUUUCACAUGUUCUGGACGGGGCCAUUCACCGACAAGCCGUAUCUUGCGCUGAUGUCGUACCUGUUCUCGCAGAACGCCGGCAUCCACCUGCUAGCCAACGAAACCGGGCCCAGCGUUUGCCGCCCGCAAUUCUGGUUAUGGAUCAACCCUGGGCCCGCGGCGUCGGUGCCCAAUCCUUCUGCUGUGCACGAUAUGUAUGAGCAACUCAAAACGAGCCCGUGGGCGGCGCCGUUCCUGCACCCGAGGUUUAAGGAUAUCAUCCAGUUCAAGCUGUGGAAUACGACCGAGCAACUUGACGGUGUGCCCGAAUUAAAGGACGAGUGGCGUGCACUCAGCGGGUCGCUCUUCAACUCUGGCGGUCAGGUCAUUAGUGUGCCAGAGGAGAAAAUCAAGGCCGUCGAAUCUGGGGCCGGAGGGAACUCAACAUCAACUAAGGAGGAUGACAUGCUCAACCGCACUGGAUCUAAAUCGCUGUCGUCAUACGAUCGGCUAUCUGUGAUCUUAUCAGAUAUGGCGCGGUUCGUUCUUUGCCACCGCUUCGGCGGUAUCUACCUUGACGCCGACACGAUCUUCCUGCGCGACUGGGAGGAGCUCUGGGGGUGGAAGGGCGCUUUCGCCUACCGGUGGUCGCGGCUGGAGAACUACAACACGGCGGUCCUGCGCAUGAACAAGAACUCCGCGCUCGGGACGUUCCUCUUCCGCACUGCGCUGAAGAACGGGCUGGACUUCCACCCCAUGACUGUUACGAAAUAUAUGGCUGACGCGCAUCUCGAGGGGCUCCUGCUCAGGCUUCCUGAUGCCCUGUUUGAUUCCGCGUGGUUGAAUACGGAAUAUUUCCAGCGCGAACGCCCGCCACAGCCUUAUUUCACCGAAUUCGCAGACCUCUUUGAUACGCCUCCGCAGAAUAGCGCGGCCCCUCAAGCCCUGGGCUUCGAAGGCUUCUUCAGAGGAGCUUACUCGUAUCACUUCCAUAACUUCUGGUGGAAACCGUUCGAUCCUUCUCGCAACUGGCCUGAUCUGGGGCCGCGCUUCAUCGCCGGCGAACGUGCCGCCCGCCACGCACUCACCACCUCCUCGCCCCCUUCUCCAACAGACGCAGGGGAAGCAGAAGUGGACAAAGAAGACGAAGACAGUGUAACUGAUGAUAAGCGAGACCUCGACUGGUCUGCUGUUCUCAAGAGGACCUUUGAGAGCUAUAUCCGAGGCGAACGACCGAACAUGUAUGGCGAGUGGAUACACUGCUUAGAGCAAGCGUAUCUUGCAACCUUUGCUUGGAAGAGGAUCUCGAAGGAUAUGAUCAGUAAGCGUAUUAUCGUUGCUGCUGUGGCUCUUGGUGCUUGUGCGCUUGCACAGACUGGUCUUGCACCAAAGAAGUAUCUGACGCUGCCCCUCGGGACCGUCAGGCCAUCGGGGUGGCUAUUGGACCAACUCAAUGUGCAAAUCAACGGCCUCGCUGGCCAUGAACAUGAAUUCUAUCACUACGUCUCGCAGACAGACUGGACAGGCGGCACAUCUGCGUAUUCCAGCUUGGAAGAAGCCGGCAGUUAUUGGUUUAAUGCUAUGGUGCCAAAUGCGAUCUUGGUUAACCAUACUGUAAUCAAUCAGAAGACACAAGCCUUCCUAGACUACGUCCUUGACCACCAAGACUCAACAGGCUGGCUCGGUCCUGAAGUUGGUACUACGAAGCCUAGGUACCUUUGGGGAAGGUACCCAUUUUUCUUUGGAGCCAUCCAGAUGGUGGAGAACAAUCCUGCAUUGACGGACCGCGUUGUCAACGCUCUGCACAAGUUCGUCCCAUUGGCCAAUACGAUGCUCAAGAACAAUGGGGAAGGUGUUGACGAUUGGGCUGCGACUCGCUGGGAAGACUUCGUCAUGGCACUUCAAUGGUUGUAUGAUUUCCAUCCGAAUGGCAAGGAGGACCUCCUGAUCGACACUAUGAAACGACUAAAGUGGACAGGGGUCCCAUGGGAAAAGGUCUUCUCAGCACAGUACUUCCCAAAAACUGCAGUGGAGCAUACUCCAAACCCCUUCAAUUUGCCGCUGACUUGGCACGGAGUUAACAUGGCGGAGGGCUUGAAGGCGUUGCCCGCUACCUACAGAUUUACUCAUAACCAAAGUGACCUCGAUGCCGCCAGUUUGGGCUGGGAUAUGCUGUUCCAGUACCAUGGACGCCCGUCUGGAAUCUACGCGGCGGACGAAUACCUCGCUGGCCUCGAAGCAGUUCGUGGAACCGAACUCUGCCUAGUCGUCGUAAGUAGUUUCGAGCGGACUGGAUUGAACCACUCACCUAGCUCGCUUCCAGGAAACCAUGUUCUCGUGAGCCAUGUUGUUCGAUUCUUGUCGUCAAGACAGGCUGACUAUUUGCUCUACAGAGGGUCGUACUUAUAUCAAGUAAUCGGCGACCCUAAGUUCGCUGAUCGUGUAGAACGCAUAACCUACAAUGCACUGCCGGCGACGUUGACUGGUGACAUGUGGACCCGACAAUACCUUCAGCAACAGAACCAGAUAGCAGCCAAGAACAUGAACCCGAAUCCCUUCCCUAAUGAUGGCGCAUACUCUAAUGUCUUUGGUCUGGAGCCUAACUACCCUUGUUGCACUGUCAACCAUCCCCAAGGAUGGCCAAAGUUUGUAUCGAACGCAUUCUUAACAACUCCGGACCAGAAGUCUCUAGUGCAUCUCUAUCUCGGCCCGUUCAGCACUACCGCUACCCUCGCUUCGGGUAACAAGGUGGCUGUAAAUGUCGAUACAUUGUAUCCAUUCAGUGAUACAUUAACUACCACGAUCACUGCGACUUCGGCAUUCACAUACUUCGUCCGUAUCCCAAGCUGGGUCGUAGGGGGCACCAUCGCAAUCAAUGGAGCCGCCGCCCGAGCUGUUUCUCCAUCCAACGGACUUCUAGCUGUUCAAGUCACUGCUGGUACCACUAAAUUCGUUCUCAACCUUCCAGCCCAGAUCACCACAGAGUCCCGGCCUCAUGGGUCCAUUGCCGUGCACCGUGGGCCUCUUCACUACGCGUAUGACAUCGCGCGUAGCCAGAAAGUUCUUGCUCGCAACGCUCAGGAAAGCCGGGCAGUCGAUCUAGAAUUUGAUGCCACUGCACCAUGGCAAUACGCGAUUGAUCCAGCAACACUCAAAUUCUCCAACAAAGCUCCGGCGUCGGGAAGACUUCCUUCCCCGAUCUUUGAUGCUGGACAGCCACCUUUUACUAUCACUGCCACCGCUUGCCGAAUUAACUGGAGCACCGGAGGAGAUACAUUCGCUGCACCUCCUCCUACCAACACUACAUGUACCGGGGCGCAGACAACCAUCACAUUGUGGCCGUUUGGUGCCACCAAGCUUCGCAUUGGAGAGCUUCCAGUGUUCAAAUCGGCCUAA